ACGGCACGGCCCCGGCGCGGCGCGGAGCGGCCCGGCCAUGGCGCGCUCGCUCAACUCCAUCGUGGCCGUCAGCCAGAACAUGGGCAUCGGCAAGGACGGGCGGCUACCCUGGCCGCCGCUCAGGAAUGAGUACAAGUACUUCCAGAGAAUGACGAGCACGGCCUGUGUGGAAGGUAAACAGAAUGCCGUGAUAAUGGGUAAAAAGACGUGGUUCUCCAUCCCGGAGAAGAACCGUCCUUUAAAAGACAGGAUUAAUAUCGUGCUCAGCAGGGAGCUCAAGGAAGCCCCAAAAGGAGCACAUUAUCUUUCCAAAAGUCUGGAUGAUGCUCUAGCUCUUUUGGAUUCACCAGAGCUGAAAAGUAAAGUAGACAUGGUUUGGAUCGUGGGAGGCACUUCAGUGUACAAGGCAGCAAUGGAGAAGCCAAUUCAUCAUCGAUUGUUUGUGACAAGAAUCUUGAAAGAGUUUGAAAGUGACACAUUUUUUCCAGAAAUUGACCAUAAAGACUACAAGCUUCUAACAGAGUACCCAGGUGUCCCUGCUGAUAUCCAAGAAGAGAAUGGGAUCCAGUACAAAUUUGAAGUGUAUGAAAAAACUGUCAUGGCACAAUAAGGGAGGCAUUUUGUACUUCUGUGUAAGGGCAGGUAUUUUAAACCAUGAAGUUGUACUGAGUGUAAAGAUUUAAAAUUAAAAUUUUGAAGAAAAUCA